UCAACAUCAUCGAUCGGAUUCUAAAUAUUAUUUUUGUUCCGAAAACCUCGAUCGAUACAUUCUGUAGAUCCAGUCAGUUUUUGCAUUCUUCUAUAAACAUCUGGACUCUCGAUCUUCAUCGUGUGAGUUUGUUUAUGUUGGAUCGUUUGGAGUGUGGAAAAGGUGAGGUGCCAAUAGCCGGGAGUUGUGCGAAGCCGUACUUAUACAUACUACUGCACAGUUUCAGUCAGUGUGCAGUGACGUCCAUCUUUUCUCUAUACCUAUCCAAACAGAGUCUAACUCGGCCCAACGAAAGGAAAAAAAAAACAGUGUUUGGGUGGGUUUACUCGCUUGCACGCGUGUAUACGUAGUUAUAUGGUCGUUCAUGUUAAGACGUAGACGCUUGUGUGGCUUAUAAAAGAGUGCUAUUUUCAGCCGGUUCCCAAUUCCGUGAUCAUUUACCAACGGUGCGUCGAGUGUGAAGGUUGCCAAGAGACGAGCCCACGAAUUUGUGUUGUUUUUCCUGUUUUUUUUGUGUGUAGACUGCUGUGUUUUUAAUUUAUGCCGAAUGACUUUACUGAUAAAUACCAAUUCAGAAAUAUUGAACCGAGUCGAAAUUUCGCGAGUUAUCUCCGACUGACUGACCUUUCUGUCUCUGUUUUUGCUAACUGUGAUAAGAGUGAAAUUGAUACGAUUGUCAAGAAGUUUCUUUAGCGCUGCGUUGGAAGUGUGCUGCAAUAAAGACAAGGUUAUCUGUCAGUGUGACGAGGAUUUCUGCUGUUACCAAGUGGCGUCGUUUUUGGAAUAUCAAUAAGCUGUAAAACAGUUGAGACAUCGCUAUAAUGGACAAUCUGCGUAAUCUGUUCGGUCAGGUAUCGACGCUGGCUUCCUCGAAGACAAAUUCCACGGCGAGUGCCACCCGUUCAUCUGGCAGUGCUGGAUCACACAAUGCCGGGUUGAACCUGCCGGGCGAGCGGCAACGGUCGAUCAGCGGGGACUUUUCCAGCUUGGAAACCCACCAGAACCGGACCAUGAAACAGCACAAAGCGGCCGACCGGGACAGCUACUACUACAUCAUGUGGCGUUCGUAGAUUGCGGCUGAAAAGUUGUUGCAACGAGCACUAGUGAUUUUACUUUAACCCUAGAAUAACAACCUGUAACCUGUGCCUUACAACACUGUAAAUCUUCGAUAUAUAAACACCCACAUACAUUGCAUAACAACAGCGAAAAAGAAAAAAAUCAUGAUGCUAACGGUGAUUGGCGCUACCUCCCUCUGGUUGAUACUGAUCUGGGCUGCACUGCUGGUAUUCUUCAGCCCGGUGCUGUUUGUGGUCAGCGUAUGUCUGCCGGAGCUUCCCCUGCUGCUGAUCCGGCGGCUGCACUACAUACCGUUCGAUGCGGUUUAGCGACGAGGAGGGCCACUGAUGGUACUCGCUCACUCCCCUGCCAUCCCUUAUCAUUUACCUUCAUAGUCCCUAUUAAACAAUACUACUGGAAUGCCAAAAUCUCGUCAAUAGUGCGUAAAAUGUGAUUUCCCCUAUGUAUAUACACACACACACAUAACGCAGUGAGAAGUCACGACGAAACAGGAGACUGCUGUAUAAUUUAUUGUAACGAGUAUUGUGAUAAGAUUAAAUUAUUGCCACUCUUUUUCAAUCAUAAAAAAUCGACUACUUUUGUUUCUAUUUUCUAUGAAAACAAAAAACUCCUCCAAGCUAACCGCAUCGUCCCAGAAGCAUCAGCAUAUGAUUUUUUUAGGGUCCCCUAGUUUGUUUUUAAAGAUUUUUUAUGUUUUUUCUCGUACGGGUACCAAUAGACGCAUUUAUGUCCUGGAAAAUGGUUAGGAACAAAUUGGAAAUUUGAGUUCAAAAUUUGUUUGUCAGCACCUUUUCUGUGGUUGAUUGUAAGCUCAUUUUUAGGAUUAGGAUGAUUAGAUGAUAAGAUUACCUUUUGUAACUGUAUAUUUUGAAUAUUGUAUUGUAUCGCAAUAAGACAGACAAAGACAAUAAACGUAUUUAUAUAAUGAA